CAAGUACGGGUGCCGGGCAGGCUCUCGCGGAAGUCCAUUCGCCAUUGGGAGGGCCGCAGUGGCUGCUCCGUGCCCUUGUUGCCGAGGGCCUCUUCCUGUGUCAUUCCCGGAGCGGUGGCCGGACUGGGGCUGACAUCGGGGCUCCCCGCUGGCCGCCUCGGCGCCUGUGUGACCUCCUCGCCGGCGGGAUGUGGCGACUACGCCGGGCUGCCGUGGCCUGUGAGGUCUGCCAGUCCUUAGUGAAACACAGCUGUGGAAUGAAAGGAAGCUUACCACUACAAAAACUGCAUCUGGUUUCACGAAGUAUUUAUCAUUUGCAUCAUCCUACCUUAAAGCUUCAAAGACCCCAAUUAAGGACAUCAUUUCAGCAGUUCUCCUCUUUAACUAACCUUCCUUUACGUAAACUGAAACUUUCUCCAAUUAAAUAUGGCUACCAGCCCCACAGGAAUUUUUGGCCAGCGAGAUUAGCUGCAAGACUCUUAAAACUUCGGUAUCUUAUACUCGGAUCUGCUGUUGGGGGUGGCUAUACAGCCAAAAAGACUUUUGAUCAGUGGAAAGACAUGAUACCUGACCUUAGUGACUAUAAAUGGAUUGUGCCUGAUAUCGUGUGGGAGAUUGAUGAGUAUAUUGAUUUGGAGAAAAUUAGAAAAGCCCUUCCUAAUUCAGAGGACCUUGCACAAUUGGCACCCGACUUUGACAAGAUUGUUGAAAGUCUCAGCUUAUUGAAGGACUAUUUCACCACAGGUCACAAAUUGGUUAGUGAAGUCAUAGAAGCUUCUGACCUGCUUCUCUUGUUAGGUUCACCUGGAGAAACGGCAUUUAGAGCGACAGAUCCCGGGUCUGAAAGUGAUAAGCGUUAUAGAAAGGGUCUGCUUGGUGAGCUCAUUCUCUUACAACAGCAAAUUCAAGAGCAUGAAGAGGAAGCGCGCAGAGCCGCUGGCCAAUAUAGCACGAGCUAUGCCCAACAGAAGCGCAAGGUGUCAGACAAAGAGAAAAUAGACCAACUUCAAGAAGAGCUUCUGCAUACUCAGUUAAAGUACCAGAGAAUCUUGGAACGGCUGGAAAAGGAGAACAAAGAAUUGAGGAAAUUAGUAUUACAGAAAGAUGACAAAGGCAUCCAUCACAGAAAGCUUAAGAAAUCUUUGAUUGACAUGUAUUCUGAAGUUCUUGAUGUUCUGUCCGAUUAUGAUGCCAGUUAUAAUACACAAGAUCAUCUGCCAAGGGUUGUUGUGGUUGGAGAUCAGAGUGCUGGAAAAACUAGUGUGUUGGAAAUGAUUGCUCAAGCACGAAUAUUCCCUAGAGGAUCUGGGGAGAUGAUGACACGUUCUCCAGUUAAGGUGACUCUCAGCGAAGGCCCUCACCACGUGGCCUUGUUUAAAGAUAGUUCUCGGGAGUUUGAUCUUACCAAAGAAGAAGAUCUUGCAGCAUUAAGACAUGAAAUAGAACUCCGAAUGAGAAAAAAUGUGAAAGAAGGCUGUACUGUUAGCCCUGAGACCAUAUCCUUAAAUGUAAAGGGCCCUGGGCUACAGAGGAUGGUGCUUGUUGACUUACCAGGUGUGAUUAAUACGGUGACAUCAGGCAUGGCUCCUGACACAAAGGAAACCAUUUUCAGUAUCAGCAGAGCUUACAUGCAGAAUCCUAACGCCAUCAUACUGUGUAUUCAAGAUGGCUCCGUGGAUGCUGAGCGCAGCAUUGUCACCGACUUGGUCAGUCAGAUGGAUCCUCAUGGAAGAAGGACCAUAUUUGUUUUGACCAAAGUAGACCUGGCAGAGAAGAAUGUGGCUAGUCCAAGCAGGAUUCAGCAGAUAAUUGAAGGAAAACUCUUCCCAAUGAAAGCUCUAGGUUAUUUUGCUGUUGUAACAGGAAAAGGAAACAGCUCUGAAAGUAUUGAAGCUAUAAGAGACUAUGAGGAAGAGUUUUUUCAGAAUUCAAAACUUCUAAAGACAAGCAUGCUAAAGGCACACCAGGUGACGACAAGAAACCUAAGCCUUGCUGUAUCGGACUGCUUUUGGAAAAUGGUGCGAGAGUCAGUUGAACAACAGGCCGAUAGUUUCAAAGCAACACGUUUUAACCUUGAAACUGAAUGGAAGAAUAACUAUCCUCGCCUGAGAGAACUUGACCGGAACGAACUAUUUGAAAAAGCUAAAAAUGAAAUCCUCGAUGAAGUUAUCAGUCUGAGCCAGGUUACACCAAAACACUGGGAGGAAAUCCUUCAGCAGUCUUUGUGGGAAAGAGUAUCAACUCAUGUGAUUGAAAACAUCUAUCUUCCAGCCGCACAGACCAUGAAUUCUGGAACCUUUAAUACGACAGUGGAUAUCAAGCUUAAACAGUGGACUGAUAAGCAGCUCCCUAAUAAAGCAGUCGAGGUUGCUUGGGAGACCCUACAAGAAGAAUUUUCCCGCUUCAUGACAGAACCAAAAGGAAAAGAGCACGAUGACAUAUUUGAUAAACUUAAAGAGGCUGUUAAGGAAGAAAGUAUUAAACGGCACAAGUGGAAUGAUUUUGCAGAGGACAGCUUGAGGGUUAUUCAACACAAUGCUUUAGAAGAUCGGUCCAUAUCUGAUAAACAGCAGUGGGACGCAGCUAUCUAUUUUAUGGAAGAGGCUCUUCAGGCUCGUCUCAAGGAUACUGAAAAUGCAAUUGAAAAUAUGAUAGGUCCAGAUUGGAAAAAGAGGUGGUUAUACUGGAAGAAUCGGACCCAAGAACAGUGUGUUCACAAUGAAACCAAGAAUGAACUGGAGAAGAUGUUGAAAUGUAAUGAGGAGCACCCAGCUUAUCUUGCAAGUGAUGAGAUAACUACAGUCCGAAAGAACCUUGAAUCCCGAGGAGUAGAAGUAGACCCGAGCUUGAUCAAGGAUACUUGGCACCAAGUUUAUAGAAGACAUUUCUUAAAAACAGCUCUAAACCAUUGUAACCUUUGUCGAAGAGGCUUCUAUUACUACCAGAGGCAUUUUGUAGAUUCUGAGAGUUACGUAGCUGUGGGGCAAAUAGAACCCAAAUCACGUAGAACUUCAUGGAUCCUGUGCAGAAAAAGUUCGUUGGAGUGCAAUGAUGUUGUCCUGUUUUGGCGAAUACAGCGCAUGCUUGCCAUCACCGCAAACACUUUAAGGCAGCAACUCACAAACACUGAAGUCAGGCGAUUAGAGAAAAACGUUAAAGAGGUAUUGGAAGAUUUUGCUGAAGAUAGUGAGAAGAAGGUAAAAUUGCUUACUGGUAAACGAGUUCAACUGGCUGAAGACCUCAAGAAAGUUAGAGAAAUUCAAGAAAAACUUGAUGCUUUUAUCGAAGCUCUUCAUCAGGAGAAAUGAAUUAUAAGAAACUCCUCCUCAUAAUCACCUCUGCACACAUCUGAGGAAAGAAAACUCCGAAGUCUUUUGUGCUGCCUUUUUUCCUUCUGCUCUUCCACCUUUCUAAACGUAAAAUAAAGUCAUGGGAUAAAAAUAACUUAUGCGUGUUAGAGGCGCUGUAACCAUCAGCUGUCUUUUGAAUGGAAGAACAGUGGGAAUGGCAUUAACAUUCUAUUUUAUUGUAUUAAAGUGACAAAUUGGGAUAAUUUAAGUGGUAUGGCCAUUAGGCUCAGUCCUUGAAGAUAAGAAACUUGCUUUCCUGCUUGUUGUCUCAUUUGUAGUGGCACUAGUUCAGCUAACGCGUUAGCUGAUGUUACUCAAUGUCAGUUUCUUUUGCAGAAAAAGAAUGCUAGGUGUUUUGAAAUAAAACUUACAGCAAUUUUCUAAAGGCUAUCAAUUGUAUAUAAACUGAUGGUACCCUGCUGAAUUGUUGUCUGUAUCUUUGAUGUUCUAUAUCCAGAUAUUAUUUGACCAUGAUAAUUCAGUUUAUAUUCAUCACAUGGAAGAAAGCAAGUUAACAGAAAAACCCCUCAAAUAGGUUAAUUUGUAUUACAAUUCCGUGUACGUUCAGCGAAAGAUUUCAACCCUUCAUUGACAGCUUAGAAGUUGCCUUAGAAGCUAAGUCAGUAGCAGCUUACCUAUUAGAUUCAGUUUUUGUAUCCUAUCCAUUUGAAAUUCGUUCAUUUUGGAUGUUGUAUGUUUGAGUUAGGCUUUCUUGUCAACAGUGUUUUUUUACCUGUUGACAUAACUAUUGGUUUGUGACAUAGGAUAGAGACAAUUAAGCAUAAGCAGUUGACUGAUUUCAUGUAGACGCUUGUCAAACGUUUCAACCAGGCCUCAGGAAAAAGCCUUCUUUCAUAAGACUGUAUUUUAAAUAGAAGUGAUUUCAACAAUCAGAAUAAUGUGGACCAUCUGCCUCUUCCCUGAAUGUUUAAAGAAAAAUUUAAAGUUUAAUUCAUUGCCGUUCAAUGACAAUAAUAUCCUCACAUCAUCUUCAUGUUUUUUACAUAAAUAUUUUUUUAUGGGCUAAAGGACUUUAAAGCAAAGAAAUAGGCCAUUUUUUACUUUAAAUGUCCUUUUCAUCUCACUUUGCUCUUUGCUGCCAUGUCAUUAAGCCCCUGUUAUUCUAAUAAAAAUGCCCAUUGUGGGACAGGUUUUAUAUGACACAGAGUUUCCGUAAUGUUAGUUUUCUUGGAGUGGUGUUUUGGUAACAGCUCCCUCACCACUCCACUUUUUUUUUUUUAACUUAACAUCAGUACAUUCUUUAUUGUGCUCUGUCGAUGUGACACUUAAUGUGCAAGGUCGAAGGAUAUCACAAAAUAUUUCAGAAAUUGAGAAUUGAGGAAAUAUUUGUUUUGCACUGAUAAGAAAAGUAGAUCCAGUGUUAGGCAGCUGGGAGCAGUAUACGGUACUUUAUCUGGGAGCUGAGCAGUCAAGGACAUUUCUGUAUCCUUCAGACCUGGGGAUAGCGGGUGAAUGGAACGGGAAGAGAGCUCCCCAGCGUUCUGUGUAAAGGUUAGGAGGUGACCUUACCGGUUAACGCCCUCUAACCAGUGCUGGCCAGUGGGUAAACACCCUCGCAGAAGCAGACGUCGUGCAAUUAUUAAUAUUUUUGCCAUUGUAAAACACAACCACAAAUCCAUUUCUAAAGAAAAGUAGGACCAUGUUUAUUUCUGUGAGCUAUGGAUAGGGAAAAAUGCCCUCAGUUUUAUUUCUACAGAUUUUCCCCAAGCAAAAGGCUGAUGUGAAGUCAGUGCUUUUAUUCCAUCCCUUUGUAUAAAUUUAAGAAAAUUGGGGGGGGGGGGGGGAGUCUCCAUUUCUUUGAGAUCGGUGUUUGUAAUUUAAAGAUAUAAAUAGAUAAUACAAAUAUUAUUAAAAAUCCCAUAUUAGAGUCCAGACAUUCCCCAUCCUCCUCAGUAAUACAACUUCUUUCAUGGAUUAUACAUUUUUUUCCCCUUGUGGCCGAUCUCAUACUGAACAUACUUCCCACCCAAAAACUAGGCAUUUAUUAAAUGCAGAUGUAAUGAAAAGGAAAAAAAUAAAAUUCGGAUUCUCAACAGUAAACCCUGUGUGUUGUGUCUGUAGUUCAAAAAUUACAGAUGAUUCAGAUAUGAACAAAUCACUCUGCAGAAGUAUAAAAACAUAACAAAUAUAAACAAAUACAAUAUACAGAAGUUAAGUUCUAACUAGACCAGGCAUCAUGUGUCUUUCAUGUCAGGAUUUGCGAAGAACAGAAUGAACAAAGCUCUGUAUGGAAGACAGAACACCUGUAAAUAGAUUAUGUCUGAAAUUGACUUGGUCCAGGUGUCAUUUUAAAACAUCAGACUGUGUAGGCGAAUCGUGAUAGGAAACGAGUGGUUCUUGCAGCUUCACGGUUGAACUAUAGUUCAGCUGACCUUUAGUUACAGGCGGAGCAAUCAGCCUUUCUUAGCGGCUUAAUUUUAUUCUCUUUUCUUUGUAUUAUCCCCCCUUUCCAGGCUUUACUCCUUCAGACUCCUUCCCACAAAUUAUUUAGCCUCCAGAUGCAAAUGAAUAGUGUAAAAAUGAGUAGGGGACAUUGCAGAGAGUGGUGUUUCCUGACCUUAUAAUUUGGGAAUUUUACCUAUGAUAAGAUUCAGAGUGUAGGUUUAAAAGGUAAAUCCCUUAAGUCAGUAAUUUUAUUUUUAUUUAUUUUAGAUGUAUUUAUCUGCAAAAAGAAAUAUGGUGUUUUAUUUUCCGAUAAAGGGGAUCAAAGUAAUUUUUUUUGAAAAUUUCAGUUCUCUAAGCUGGUAUAUGCUAUAGUUUCAGGAACUUUAGCCGUAUAGAAAUGUGCUGAUAAAUAUGCUUAGCUGUUGCAUAAUCAUGGCUUUGUGUUUAAAUAUUUAAAGCUUAACCUUGUUUUACUUGCGCACUGUGAAUGAACUUUGUAUUAUUUUUAAAAACCUUCACACUAUAUGUAGAUGUUACUGCAAUUUAUAUUUUGCCUGUGCUUGAUCUAAGGUCAUUUGUGUAGAUGAGUAAUUAAAAAUACUGAAAUCAUGUUAUAAUUCUAUUAUUGGAGAGCAUCUUUUAAGUUGUCUCUGUUUUACUGAGGGAGAGAGAAACCUGUACACCUAUGGUGAUUUGACCCCACUGUAUAACCAAAUCCACAGUCUAACAAGCCUCUUAAAGUGGCUCUUCUUUGAAUGCUUGAAUUUCACAUGCCUCACAUUGCACAGUUGGAAUUCAUGGUCUAACAAUGCUGUUUUUCAUGUCUUGAUACUUGUCAGUACAUUUUGGUAUUUUCUUUGGUAAAAUAUACUUUGGAAAUGUUACUAAUUGCAUUUUGCUGCCACGGCCAUCAUUUUCAUUAAUGAUGCUAACAUGUUCAGUCAUACAUGAGGCUUACUAAGAGGUCAUCAUUAAGUCUUAGAGCAGGAAGAAACCUUAAAGAUCACUUAAUUCCAUUUAGCACCUGAUUAUGACCGCCCAUGUUUUAUUUUAUAAUUCUUCCCAGAACUUUGCUCAUAAAUGAUGGUUAUUAAAGAUUUGGUGAUCAUUAGAUGUGUAAAAUAAGGCAGAGCCUGGGUGUGUCUCCUUAAGGAUUCAUGUGGUUGGCGAAAGUCAAAACCAGGAAAAGACUCUGUAAAGUCACUAUUGCUUCCCUAAGUAGUACACAAUACCUGGAGUGUGAUAUAUUUCUAGUGAAUAAAUGUCAAGACAGUCUUUAAAUUCCUUUAGAAGGUUUAUAAGGAAGAACAUAUUUCAAUCAUAUUAGCAGUUAUUUCACAUAUCAGUGCUAACAAACCAGUGCUAGAGGCCCCGAAAGUAGUUGCAUUUUAAAUUGUUUUCAUUCUUUGUGCACUUCAAGUUCAAAAUCUUCAUGGAUCAAAAAAGUUUGAAGAGUUUACUUCCUGAAGAUUUAAUAGGAUAAUUUAUCUGUUUUCUUCUAAUGCUUUCAGCUGAAGAAUUAAUAUCUGUGUCACAGUGAAGUAGCUACCAUGUGCUGGUAAAUAAUACAGAUGUAUUAUUUAAUUAUACUACAAAAUAUGUUUAAAAAUAAUAAUUAUUGUUUAAAUAAAAUUUAAACAAUAAAAUACCCAAUUUGUGAUAACGGUCAGAAUUUCUGCACAUAUUAGACUAAGCUGAUAGAUGUAGAAAACUUAAGAGUUAAGACAGGUACUGCAAAAGUUGUCAAAGAUUAAAAAGCAGGACGGUGUCAGGAAGGUUUAAAUGUGAAUGAUUUUUAGCCCAAAGAAGACAGUUUUAUAAAAUAAGGGUAAGAAAAACAUACAUCAUAAGGCAUUGGGUUAAAUGUGUAUCUUGAAAUGAGAGCUGUUACCAGCUUGACAGUGAGAGAGGGUAUAUGACCGCCCUCUGAAAGCCUUCCUGUGAGUUUUGUUCACAUUCUGUAGGAUCAGUGUGAAGGUUCAUUUGGGGUCAAGUCACUGACGGGUAACUACAACUUUUAAAUGUUUUUAAUCAGUUCCUUAUUCUUUGUGGUAAAGAAUUCUUAUUAUUUGUUUUGUUUUGUUUUUAACUAAUUAACCCAGGUGUAGCCUGGUUCCUAUCUAAGUAUUUGAGAAAAUGCAAAAAGUCUUUUUUUUUAAAUGUAGGCCCACCCCACUGAAGACCCAGUGAGACUGCCAGCAGCCUCCACAGAGGCAUGUCGUGUGGUUAAGAAUACAAGCUUCACUCCUUAGCGUUUAAAGAAGAGUGUCCAUUCGUCUACUUACUCUUGGCAUAACUAACUCAUAACAACAUGGAAAUUAGAAUUUUAUCCACUUGUCAAAAAAUAUGGUCAUGGUAUACGUGACCUAACACUUGCCAACAUCUUGUGAGACCUCUAACAUUUGUGAGAAAGUAUGUAGAGAAUAGGUUAACUCCAUCUUCUUGCUUUGAUGAAGCUUAUCUGAGAAUUAGGCCAAAUUAUCAGAAAGCAGUACUGCCUGGACUACUUACCUUCACCCACUUCUUUUUUGUUUUGUUUUGUUUUUUUUUGUUUUUUUGGGGGGUACCACCCACUUCUUAAUUUAUCUAAUAUUAUAUACCCUUGGCUUUCAUAGACAAAUACUAUGUGAUGCAUCUAUUUGAAGAAAAUACAGUAGUACCUUCUGCAGAAGUAGAACCUAAUGACAUGUCUCUAUAAGUCCUGUAAAGCAGGGACUACUAGAUAGUUAAGUGCCAGCAAAGUUUCCCGUUCCAAACGCAUAUGGUGCUUCCCUUCUGUCAAAGAGAACUCAAGACUUGACCUGUUCCUUUGCUUCAGCUACCAGGAAAUUUUGAAAUUAAUAUACCUCUUAAGGAAUAAACUUAUCCAGUUCUCUGCUUCCUUAGUGUGUGUUCCGUUUUUGUUUUUAAUCUCUCUUUUCCAUGCAGCUCAACACAGAAGUAGUCAUGAGUCAUUAACGAAAUGCCAUGCUUACUACUCUUCCACUAAGAACUGUGCUUGUCUAGAGGGCUUACGUCAGAAGUUCUCACGCAGUCAGUGAUGGUCCAAGUGGUACACAGCCGAUCCCUCUGAUUGGCACAGGAGUUCUGACCUGCUCCAUUUCUGACCUGGGCUGAUUCACCCCUCUUUAGGCAACCUGGUGGUCCCCCGCUCCUGGGAGGUCACCGUGUUGAUGCCGAACUUGGUGUGGACGCUCGGUCCACAGAGUCACUACAGCCCAGAACUCCGGAUCAAGCGAUCCUCCUGCCUCAGCCUCCUCAGUAGCUGGGACUACAGGCGUACGUCACCACGCCCGGCUCGCAGCCAAUCCCUCUGGACGCCUGAUGGAUAUCAUUUUUUCCUACAGUCAGUUUACAUGUAGUGAACACCGGGGGUCACCUAUGCCUUGAGCCAGCACACAGCCAGUAGUGACAGUGAAGCCACCUCCCCCCCGCCGUGAGCAACGCUAACGGGAGGAGGAAGGGUGACAGCCGCCUCAGCCCACAGCCGCUGCAGGGCUGGCAGCACUCCCUGAGUAAGA